AUGCACACGACCAAGCUCCGGGUCUCCACGUCGCAGCAGCAGCAGCAGCUCGACGCGGCGAUGGACGGCGCGCACCGUCCGUCGGCGCGGGCUGCGCCGCCGCGGUCUAAGAUGAAGAUCCUCCUCGUCGUCAUCGCCACCAACCUCGUCUCCGCCUACCUCUUCUCCGGCGCGCCGCUGUCGCUCCGCCUGCCGGCGUCGGCGCCGAGCAUCCACCUGUGGGACUCAUCGGCGCUGCUGCGCGACCUCAACGCCACGCGCGCCGCGCUGGCGGCGGCGCGCGACGAGAUCGCGGUGCUCCGGGCGCAGUGCAACGCGUCGUCGCUCCUCCUCGAGUCCGUGCUCUCGGGGCUCGGCGCCGUCCACGGCGACAAGCCGGCGGAGGAGGGCUUCAACGGGUGGCCGGAGGAGCCCGCGGGGGAGCUGAGGCUCGCCAUCGAGCCGCACCGGCUGCCGCUCGGGUUCUCCGCCAAGCUCGGCACCGACGAGCUGUACCCGGGGCUCGGCUUCGCCUGCCGCAACUUCCAGGAGGAGCUCACGCAGUACAUGACGUACAACGCCACCGGCGAGUGCCCUGACGACGACGCCUUGGCGCUGCAGCUCAUGCUCAAGGGGUGCGAGCCGUUGCCUCGCCGGCGGUGCAGGCCGAGGUCCCCGGCGAGGUACGUCGAGCCGGCGCCCCUCCCGGGGAGCCUCUGGUCCAUCCCGCCGGACACCACGGUGAACUGGUCCCCCUACACGUGCAAGAACUACAGCUGCCUCGUCGGCCGCGCCCGCGCCAGGGGCGGGUCGUACGAGUGCAAGGACUGCUUCGACCUCGCCGGCAAGGAGCGGCGGCGGUGGCUGGCCGACAACGGCGGGCCCGGGUUCAGCAUCGACGGCGUGCUGGCGUCCAGGGCGCCCGGCACGGUGCGCGUCGGGCUCGACAUCGGCGGCGGCACGGGCACGUUCGCGGCGCGGAUGCGGGAGCGCAACGUCACCGUGGUGACGACGACGCUGGACGUGGACGCGCCCUUCAGCCGGUUCGUGGCGUCGCGGGGCCUCGUGCCGCUCCACCUCACCCUGAUGCAGCGCCUGCCGUUCGCCGACGGCGUGCUGGACAUCGUGCACUCGAUGCAGCUCAGCGGCUGGGUCCCCAGCGGCGUGCUCGAGUUCGCGCUCUUCGACGUCUACCGGGUGCUCCGCCCAGGCGGCGUCUUCUGGCUGGACCACUUCUUCUGCCUCGGCCCGCAGCUCAACGGCACCUACGUGCCAAUCCUGGACCGCGUCGGCUUCCGCCGCCUCCGGUGGAAGGCCAGCCGCAAGCUCGACCUCGGCGCCGAGAGGAACGAGUGGUACGUCUCGGCGUUGCUCGAGAAGCCCAUGACAUGA